CGUUUCCCAACAACUUGUAAAUUGUGUUAAGGAAACGAAUUGCUCGGUGUUUGGCGAUUUUAACAGAUAGAAUUGCAGAAUCCAAAUCCCAAUUUUGCUCAUCUUUUGAUAUAUAUCUUUCUUUCUGUCGUUCUUUUAUAAUUUGUUAUUUAAAAUUAAACGCACUCGAAGUUUUGAGGAUUCCUCAAGCGUUGCAGAGCCAAUUGCACCGAAAAAACAGAAGAUCACAGUAUCUGGCCCAGAAAACAAGACCACGUUACGCGAAUGGAAAAAUCCGUAUAACUCAGUCCUGGCUCAGCUUCAUUCAGUACGUGAAGAACGGUUGGAACAAGUUACCUCAAACGAAGAGGCUUUUGUAAGCAAAACGUACGAAAAAUCAAACCAAUUGCUGCGUGAAGUCUUCCUUUCACGACAUCGGUAGCGCUACAUCUUCGUUUUUCUAGGAUACCUUUGAAACAAUCUUUUAUAUCACCAUUCGUACUUGUUGGAGCAGUAACCUUGCUUUGUUGUGCGGAUACGGUGUAUUAUGAAACCGAACAGCUUUGACUGGAAACAACUGUGUGCUCAAUUCGGUGACUAUGUCGAGAGUUUGCAUCGCGAGAUUUCAUCACUAAAGACAGCACUUGCAUUCGAGACAGAGCUACGUAAGAGUUUGGAAGAGGAGAUUAACAAAGCAAAGGCUGAGCGAAGGCUUACAGGUGCGGAUACAAAGUCUAAUGCUGCUGAAGAUACUGAAGAAGAGGACGUAAGUACCACUGAGGAGGAAGAAGAGGAGGAUGAGAAUGAUAAAGCAGAUAAUAUUCCUCUUUCUCGGGUGGCUUCUUCCGUUUCUUCUGGCUCUGUCGCACGGAUUUCGGCAAAAACUAUGCCUAAUAGUGAUGAUUCUGAGACUUCCAUGGAUGAAAAUGCACCCUUAAGCUCGAUUCAUCGUACAGCGACGCCAAUUACACCUCGUCAGACGUCAAAAACCGUUGAUAAUAGUGUAUUGGCCAGUGACUCGGAUUCGGAUUCUGAAGGUGAAAAGAAGUUGCAAGCUCGCUCGCUUGAGGAAAUGAUUCUUCUCCGUGAAACACAGAUUCCUCUUACACCGGUAGCCGCUAAUAAGACGAACAAGCACUUACCCCAACCGCGGAAAGCUCGACAACAACAACCGUCAAAGCCUAUCAUUGAGGAUGAUGAUGGCACAACGAUUCGGGGUCACAAACGCAAAACACUCCCUGCGUUUGAUUGCCCAGAUUGUGAAAAGUUUACAAUUACACGGGCCUGUCAAAUUGCCUUCUGGAGCGCCGAAAUGGAAUGACGAGAAUAGUCCUCUAAAGAACAACAAUCAUAUCUGUCAAAAAAGUGCUCCUCAGCAAUUACUUCAGCGCGUUGGUCGCCAUCGUCGACGCGUUCCAAGGACUGUCCCAAAUUCAUUUUGGGAGAGUGACUUUGUCGACUAGCCGAGAGUUGCAAACCCCACGUAUUCCCUUUCAUCCAUCUGUUCACACAUACCAAUGUUUUCCAUUUCUAUGUUGGUUGCCCCUCCCAUUUCCUUCUCAUUGUUAAUGAUCAUAUUCUAUGCAUUUUUCAUUCUUUAAGUCCGUGAAUCAAACUUAUUAUGGUAAACAUUGCAUGAGUGCGUGAAAGCUCUUUUAAACUAUACAAACACAUCUAUUGGUUUCUGGGUUUCAAAUGAAUAUUUCGUGUUGUUCAAUGUCAUGAAAUAAUCCUUUAACAAGUAUCCCGCUUUUGAGCACACGGCUCGUGAAUUAAAUCAUUGUCAUUCAUUAGCUAUGUCAUUGUCUUGGUCCUAAGAAAGGCAUGCAUCCUAACUUAAAUCAUAAACGAAAGCAAUGGAAACGACAGGGCAUUGAUGGGUUCGUGGGCCUAUCGUUUUACUUCUUGUCUUUUUCGCGCGGAGAGAAAAGACCGCCCGAAACAGCACCGCGCCCCUUGUAAUUUUCGCUACCAGCGCCGCUAAUUGGGUUGAUUUUGUUUUCCUUCAUGUAUUCAUUCGACUUUUCUUGCCAUUCUUUUGUCAUCGUACGGGGAGUCGGUGAUGCUUGACUACGAGCAAGUGCAAACAACAAUAGGCCAGCCACGAUACCACCCAUGGUGCCGAAGAAUACUGUUUUCUGGUUUAUAGGACGUUGCUCCCUGGGACCAUAGUUACCAAAGGCGAUCCAGUAGGCGGCUCGUUUCUCUUCAAGUGUUAGGUCAUCCCAAGGCUUCUUCUGGCGUUCCUCCAAGUCAGCAAUGAUAGAAUCCUGUUCAUCUUUGGGCAUCUUUGACCAACGUUUUUCGAUAUCAACAAUACGGGGACGAGCAAUGACACCUCCAGCAAGAAUCUCAGGUGAGGUUGUUUGUUUCUCCUUAACUCCGAAUGCAGCUAAGUUGGAUGCAAAACGCGUCCGUCCAUUCUGCGUUUCUUUCAGCAACUGACUUAGCGCUCUCUUUCCAAAUAGUCUGUACAUUUUGUAACUUCAAUUGUUCUUGCAAUAGUUGAAGGUUCAAAUUUUCGCACUGUCUACAAUGGUUUUCCCUUCCUAUAUUUCUGUUACCAGCGUCACGUAGUCACUGAGCCGUUUGUUUAGCUCAAUCCUAAAUCGCUUGGCCGUACCCACCAUACUUACAACCCACCCCCACCAUGAUUGCUCGCUUUAUGAAUUAAGCGUAAAAAGGUGCGGAAUUAGCGACGCUAACUUCUCCUCUCUCGUUCACCGAAUAAAGAGCCGAUUUCAUUUUUGGGACGAUAACACUAAGUCAAAUUCGGUCCUCGGCGCGACAUUUGGUUUGGCUGAUGAAAAUGAAACAAGUCAAUUCGACCGAUACAACGCUCAUGACACCUUAUACGGCUCUUGGGACAAGCUCUCUCAUCUUAAGAAAAUUGUCCCGUAUAAGCAGAUGGGAAAUUAUCAUUAAAAGACUAACAUAAUGGUACAUCGCACGACAAUAACCUUGCAAAUAUGUUCCAUGUUUUCAGCAUACACCAACGGUGACAAAGCAAAGAGGUGUGUGCAGACACAAAUAACAGAAGCUUGUUCUUAACGGCGGCUUGACUCGUGCUCAAAGAUCAAUACGAGGAUUUUUAGGAUCAAAAGGUUCAAUCUGGAUGGUGCAGGAAUUCACCGAUUCGGGAAUGCCAAACUCAAUGAAGCAGCGUUGGAUUUCACUGACCAGGUGCUUGUAAGAAACAAAAUCAUCUUCCUUGUAGCAAGCAAGAACGUGAAGUGUGCCAACAUAGCGCGAAUCAGAAAGCUGCCACACAUGGAGUUCGUGAAUUGAGUGUACCUCUGGAAUGGAGUCGAUGUGCUUGCGCAAUUCGUCGAUGCGGAUGCUUCGGGGAGCAACUUGGAGCAGAAUUAAUGCGGCAGACUUGCAAAGAGGAUAGGCCGUCGACAAGAUAAUACAGAUGAGGAAAAUGGUGAUAAAGGGAUCAAACAUGUAGCGCCACGAAUAAUGCGUGAACUUGAUGAGAGCGGCGGCAAGCACAACGGAGAUGUUUCCAAGGGCAUCACCAAGCGCAUUGAGGAACACACUGUGCAUGUUCAAGUUCUUUUGCUUCUUCGGCUGCUCAACCACUCCAGAGUUGCUAGAAGGGGAAAGACCGGCCUCGAGGUCACGAGGAUUGUUCGUUGCUGAGUAGGAUGGAAUAAGCUUUUGAUCAUUUACAGAAGCAGCCGUGGUAGACGUGGGCUCUGUAUACCGACCAGCAGUGCUAGCAGAAGCUUUGUCCAUAAGUGGUGUCCGCUCAGACAUGGGCGAGCGUCCAAGAUACGAAGCCUGGCUCGCAGUCCGUGCAUGGUAAUAGUCCUGAACCACACGGGAUGGCAAGAUGGAAGCAAUGUUUUCCUCGGGCAGCUCAGGCUCCGUAAGACCAUUUCCACUGGAAGGCGUCUCUGGGCGAUCGAACUCGGUAGCAAUAUCGUGUGAGUGAGAGGCGUCAUGGAAGAGGAAGAUGCCGAUGAUGUUGGUAAAAAGACCAAGCAUACCAAUGCCCAUCAUAAUUUCGGGGUUCGAGACAGACGACGGGUUAAGGAAACGUUGCAAGGCCUCAAUGAAAAUGGACAAACACAGAGACACAAGCAACACACCGUUCACCAAGGCACCCACAAUUUCAGCACGUUGCCAACCGUAAGUAUACUCGGCCUUGUAAUGGCGACGUUUCGCCAAACGAAUGGCCCACAAACUAAUGAUGAGACUGAGAAUAUCGUUUAGCAUGUGGAACGAAUCAGCAAUUAAAGCCAAAGAGCCAAUGGUGUAUCCACCGAUAAGCUCAAUAAGGAAAAAGACCACAUCGAUUCCGAGGAAGAUGGAAAUUCUUGCUGUUCUCGAGAUCUUCAUUGAAAACAAGACGGGAAAAUUAAAAAGAAUAAAAAAGAAAAAGAGAAACGAAAGGAUAACGAUGAUUGGGAAAUGAAACGAAAGCGAAUGGACCAGGAACAAACGGUCAAUUAAGUUGUUGCAACACAAAAAUUGGUUCAACAGCUAGGUGAAAAGCAGAAACAGUUGAGUUGUUUAUAACACUCAAUUUAACGAUGGAAAUGUCAACAAACUGUGACGAUUGUGUGUGUUUGUUUACGGACAAUGAAGUCUGAUGAACUCAGGAUUAAGGAGCAAUUUGAGCCUUUUUUACGAAGGACAGAACUUUUUGUUCUCCAACUUCUUUUCGCUGAAAUCCUUUUGCUUUUUUCUUCUGCAAGUGCCUUGCGAAAUGCUUCUCACAGUUUGAUUGUUGUGUGUUAACAAAAGUGUGCAGACAAUGCUUGUGGAAAGAGUGCGACGUGGAUGUGUGUGUGCUCUGGAAAAAAGUGCUGCAAAGCUUGGUCAUUUAUACCGUUGGGUGCUUCAUCUGAUAAUCUUUUUGUUUUUUUGCACUUCAGGAUUGUAGGCCCGCAGCCUACUUUGGGCCACCAAGACGCGUGUUCUGUGCGACGACAUCCCGACCGAGAUUUUUCGCAACCAAGCAGGGCGCUAAAAAAACGCCAACGGUUUUCCUCGCUCUUACGAGUGCGCAAAUGGCAUUGAUUCUGAUUUGCUAAACCGCAACUUUUUAACGGCUUUUUGCUACGUUGACUUGUUCAAUUGCGCUUUUUGUUGUCGAAUUGUCUCUGAUCUGAUAGGCUGCAGCAUUGUAAGCGUAUCUUAGCGAAUGGCGUUCGAUCUAAAGGUGACCAUUCCCCCCUAAACCCUUAGGGGAUGACACAAACACCAUGGAGAAAGGAGAGAGCAUUCGAUUCCGACCAAUCACAGCCGUUCAAGUUCAGCCAAUCAACAACCCGACGUUUGCACGAAUCAGCACUAAGAAGAUGCUGCAUUUCGGCCAAUCACUGUUUUGCAAAAAAAAGAUCUUUCUCGAUUGGUCGCAUUGAUCGCAUUUCUUCUCACCGAGGUAAAUGCUCGUGACGUAUCACGUGUCGCGGUCUUCCCUGCAGCCCUUUUAUAAUGUUGUUCUCAUUCGCUAAGGAAGCGAAGAAGCCCGAUGAUUACUGGGUAUUUACUCGUUGUUCGCUAGUUUCGUUACGCUCGUUGGACCAAAACCAUCGACUCCAGCGGCAGGUGACAGGGUAGUGAGAGCCAAAAUCCUCUUCGCCAAUCUCCUCGCCAGUGACGCGUUCGAAGCCCAGGGCAAACAGCUUUCCUUCGAACGUCGCAAUUUCUUCCAGAGUUGUUUCACGGAGCGGGUAUUCGGUUAGGAGAACUCCGUCUGGCCGAAGGAAACGGAGAAUGAGCGCGAUACAGAGCUCUGCGAAUUGAGUCUCGUACAGACAAUCGCUUACCAUGACGCGGUUGUAUUUGCGAACCGCCCAGGCCGGAGCAUCCUCGCCAUCAGUGGGCGGCGGAUUGGUCCAAUCCAGCACCUGGGCGCUUACAGAACCUCCGCGUUUCGCUAUAUGCUUCGCAUUUUGUUCAACGUUGUACCGGAGAUUGUCGACAAUGACCGGCAAAUCCGUACACACAACCUGCCAACCAAGCAUCGUCGCUGCACCAAUACCCAUGAGCCCGGUCCCCGCACCUAAUUCGAGAACACUGAUCGACGGAUCUGCAGGACCCCACCGAUACAAAUUGCGGGUCAGCAGGGGUGCAGAUCCCCACGUUUUAAACCCUAAACUCUCAUACGUCAAGCGGGGUUCACGAAUGACGAUCGUUUCCUCUGUGGGCAGCGUGAAAUUACGCGUCUUCGUGGGCGCUGACAUGCGUCCACUACGUUCGGCGAUACGCGCCGACAUUUCCAUCAUCACGUCCUCCCGCUCGUCCAUGUCGUCUAACCACUCCAAGUUGGCCGCCAUGAGCCGGAUCAUCCAGUCGAGCACACGCUUCUCCUCGUGAUGCGAAAGCUCCCAGACGUGUUCCCCCGUUGGAAUCUUGGCCAACGCUGCCUUGAUCUCGUUAUACGAAGGCCGUGUCUGCACCGACGGCAGCUCCAUAGUCAACACGUUCGUGGUGGUGUGCAGCAGGCGGUUUUGCACUACAACGCCCGGGAGUCCCGCGGCCGAUCCCUCCUUCCGCGGCAGACACCCCCACAUUACACCACUAUGCAACCCACUUCCCCACACAGCUUCACACAUGACUCUGACUAGAACUCUAUUACUUGAGGGCCAUUUGCUUGAGCUUCUGUUUGACGAUCUUCUGCUCCUCGAUGAGGAAGGCACGCACAAUGCGGUCUUUGACUGCGUUUGCGCUCAGGCAACCACCGUAAGCACGUUGGACAGUCUUUUGACGGCGGGAAAGACGAGCAAACUCGCGAGGACGCAUGGCAGGGAUGCCCUGCAAGACAACACCAGUGUCACCGCAACGAGGAAUCUUGCCCUGCUUCUUGAUGUGCAGGCUGCGAAUUUGGUUGCCAGGAGUCUUGAUGACUCUCGUCUUGUUGCUGCGCGUGUUGUACGCAAGACGACGGCGGUAAGUAACUCUUUGUGCCAUAAUUACAAAACGGAAUGUACUCAACAGAAAGGAAAACUCGCUUCAAACGGUGUCAGAGCAAACAGAGCUGCUUGGUAUCUUCUCAAGGAGCAAUCGUCGUCGUCCGCUAAAGGCACCAGCUACCGCCCAGGUGUCCGCUUGUGUAUGUAUGUUCGGUUGUGCCUGUGACUGCUGCUUUUGUUUCGCCUACGACGCCAUCCCACGUGCAACGUUAUUCUAACCGAGAGAAGCCGAACAAACGUUAAUUUAAGCUUAUUUUACGUUACCAAUGAUGUUCGUUGAUCGCUUUCGGCGUCCACUCCUUCGAUUCUCACUAAUACCCCCUGUGACCCCCGCUUCCUGCUUCCAACUGCGCUUUCUUAUGCCGUGCCACGUAUCGGCUCCGCUCCAACUAAAUAGCGCAUCCGUGACGUCAUCUACUUGCGCAGUUUGAGUCUGGCUUGCCCUUUAAGGAGCUUCAAACGACCCAACGAACCUGCCAACUAACAACACCUCAACCGGUCGUCUGCAACCUCAGUUUUUUCAUUUUACGAAGGAAGAAGCCUUCUU